AUGCCUGAGCCCGCUAAAUCAGCGCCUGCCCCUAAGAAGGGCUCCAAGAAGGCGGUGACCAAGACGCAGAAGAAGGGCGACAAGAAGCGGCGGCGCAGCCGCAAGGAGAGUUACUCCAUCUAUGUGUACAAGGUGCUGAAGCAGGUGCACCCUGACACGGGCAUCUCCUCUAAAGCUAUGGGGAUCAUGAAUUCCUUCGUCAAUGAUAUCUUUGAGCGCAUCGCGGGUGAGGCUUCGCGCCUGGCACAUUACAACAAGCGCUCCACCAUCACCUCCCGGGAGAUCCAGACUGCCGUGCGGCUGUUGCUGCCUGGUGAGCUGGCCAAGCACGCUGUCUCCGAAGGCACCAAGGCGGUCACCAAAUACACCAGCUCCAAGUAAAGCGCCUGGACCCAGUUGCAGGACCUGUUCGGCUCAACUCAAAACCCAACGGCUCUUUUCAGAGCCACCCACCUUCUUCCAAAAGAGCUGCUAUUGCUUCUGAGCAAUAUUGCUCCUGAGAUACCCACGAUAUUUUUCUGUGGAUUAUAGUAACUUGCAUUAUUGUGUGUAAGGUUUGGAGAUUGCUUUAAAAAAGCAACAUUUUUCAAGUUA